UCUCACGCGGUUUCUGCAUAUGUGAACGCCACCCAGGAGAGAGGAGAGUACCCCGAGAGUUGUGAAAGUCUACGAGAACACAGACACUGUUAGUCGUCACAACCCCAAAACAACGGUGGUGAUUGACACCAUGAAGACUCAACACACAGGACGGACCUCUUCAGGGGACAGAUGUUACAAUCUGGCUGUGGCAUGUGUGCUGUUUCUGUGUGUUCUCCUGCUGACUGCUGCCACAGUGCUGUGGAUCAAAUUCGGCAUCCUGAAUACAGAAUUUGAGAAGUUACAGACCACAUAUAGCACUCUUAUAACAGAGCAAGAUCAGUUACAGACCAGUUACAAGUAUCUGACUACAGAGAGAAAUCGGUUAUGGACAAAGACCAUGCAAAUGGGUUUAGAAAGAGACCAUUUGAAGGCCAGAAACAACAACCUGACAAUAAACAGAGAUGAGCAAAAGGCCACAAUUAAGAACUUGGAAGAUGGAAUGAAGCAGCUACAAAAGAAGUAUGAUGAACUUCAAAACUUGUUGAACACCAUAGGUAAAUGGACGUGUUUCACUUUUAAGUCCACUUUUUAUGGCAUGUCUAAUGAGAACAAGAACUGGGAGGAGAGCAGAAAGGACUGCAUGGACAAAGGAGCAGACCUACUGAUCAUAAACAGCAAAGAGGAACAGGAGUUCAUCGGUAAACAGCUGGGCAAGUUUCAGACUUGGAUUGGUCUGAGUGACAUAGAAAAAGAAGGAGAGUGGAAAUGGGUGGACGGCACACCACUGACUACAGAGUACUGGGCUAAAGAUGAACCAAAUAAUGUGGGUGAUGAGGACUGUGCUGUGAUUUACGCUUCAUCUGGGGCUUUCUGGAAUGACAGGCAAUGUUCUGUUAAAUUACCGUGGAUCUGUGAGAAAAGUGUUUCUCAGUGACGUGUAUCAUUUUAAAUGAAAGUGCAUAUACAUAAAUUGAGCUAAAUAUAUACAAUAUAAAAGACAAUAUUUUGAUAAUUAUUGUGUUUUCAGUAAUCAUUCACUGAUACAAUGUGCAAAAAGAUUGUUUAUGUUUUUUUUCUCAGAGAUGUAUUGUAAUUUCUUAAGAUUCUGAUGCAGUAACUUUGUAGAUCAUGAUGAUGGAAGCAGUAUCUAUCUCAGUGUCUCAGACUCUGUUAAUAAACUUGAGCUCAAUCAAAUGCUGUAUUAUAUCUUAUUGCUUUAUUGCUUCUAGAGUGAUGUGAAAUGACUAGAGAUUGGUUCCUGGUUUGCAGGUAAUUUUCUAGUCAGAGAUCCUUUUUGUAUAGAGUGUACAGAGCACUGCAGGAUCAUUUUUCUGUUGUAAAAAAUAAAAAAAAUAAAAAAAUAAAACAGUGCUGUCAUAGGAAAAUACUCAUGAUGUGGUGGUGAUAUGCAGCCAGGUGCAAAGCAGAGUUACUCUUACCCCUCUGAGGGUGAUUAGUUUUCAAUAACAGGAGAAUUCAGGUUGAAUCCACUUUGCCCCCGCAGUUUUAUAAAAGUAAUGUGCCUGUUUUGUUUGAGGUCUGGUUUAUUAAUUUCCUCAUUUUAUUCAUUAUUGUGUAUUUUCCGCUCCGCUCAUAAAUUAUUCAAUAUGUGAGCCUAUUGUUUUCAGCUUUGGUUUCAGUCCUGGUACUUUGUAUCUUGGUGUAUGCUUAAUAAAAACCAU